GACAAAUGAAUUUGGCCUAAUAAAUAUAACAACGAGAAUUACCGGCGAUUGGAGCUAUUUUUUUUAUUACUUUUGACAGCCACCGUAAUCGCCACCGCCAACAUUUCCGGCCGCUCCAGAAUCUUCCUUUCAUUCUCUUACAGCCUGUUUGGAUCGACAAAAAACUCAGGAAUUGGAAUUCCAUUUUCAAUUCCAAUUCCAUAUUUUAUGUUUGGAAGGAUAAGAAGGUUGAUAAAUGAAUUCCAUUUCCAUUUCUUCUUGAAUUGUAUCCAAACAGGCUGUUAAAAAACAAAAACUGUGCUCCUCUAAGGUAUAUCAACGGCAACUUCUGGGUUUUCAGUUCGAAGCGGGAGAACGAUGUUUAAGAAAGCAGUGGAGGCGAAAUCGCAUCAGAGGCUAUCCGGAGCUGACCGAAAGAAGCUCAAACGAAACCUCAAGAGACAAAUUCCCGCGUGCUUCUGAUGCCGAUAUGGACGUCUUAUUCCCACCCAAGGUGGAGAUAGCAGUUGCUAAGCUUCGUAAUCGGGUCCUGGUUUAUAGUGUUGAAGGUGACUUCCUCAUGUUGUUCGACAUUGAUGGCAGGGGUACUGAGAUUUAUCCCACAGUUUUUGCUCUUUGGAGAGUACCUGCACUCUUGCCUUCUUUUCUGUUGAAGGGAGGUGAGGUUUCUCUAUUCAUGCUUGGAGGUGCUGAUUUGAUGUUCCCGGGCAUUAGUGUGCCUGCUGAAGGACUACCCUCCUUUAAAGUUGGUGAAGUAUGGUCUGUGAAAGUUCCUAGGAACCCAGCACCUGUUGCUGUUGGGUUAACUACUUUGAGCAGUACUGAAGCAAUGAAAGCUGGUCUGCGUGGCAAGGAUUUAAGAAUAACACACUAUUACAGGGACUCACUUCGAGAGUCAGUGGACGGUCACUUUGUGCCUAAUGCAGGUUUCUUGGAGGAUAUUGUUAUUGAGGAUCUGGCUGCCUCUCUAGUGGCCCAAGAUUCUGAUUCAGCUGAAGGUCUUGAUCGUCAUUCUCCACAUGAUGAACAGGACGGCAAAACAACUGACGAAGUUGAGAAAUUGGCUGUAGCAAAUGACGCAAUGGAUCAUCUUCCUUCGUCAUCAACCGAAGCUUCCAAAAGUCAAGUUGAACAAUUAAAUGUAGAGGUUGGUAACUUGAAGGUUUCAGAUAAUGUUGGUGAUGAAUCAGCUGCUGAGGAAGAACAGCAUACCUUAUCUGCCGAGGAAGUGGAUAGUUUGUUGGACAAUUGUCUUCUGCAAGCCCUUCAUACGACUGUUAAAGACAAGGAUCUAUCGAUGCCUGGAAGCACUUUAUGGUAACAUCUGUUGUGUUCUUGGAAUUGAUGUACUGUUUUACCAAAAAGUAAAGGAAACAGAAAAAGGAACUGAUUAACUGAGGUUGACUAUUUUGAUCAGCUG